CCGGCUCGAGAGAGAGCGAGAGAGAGAGAGCGAGAGAGAGAGGGAGGGGAGCAGCCUUCGAGAUGAGUUCUUACGACCCUUUCAACCCUUUGCGGAAGCCUUGGGAUGAUUACCGAUGUGUCCGCCCCACCAAGUCCAGCAUCUCCUCCACCCUCUACUCGGUCCAUCGCACCUCGGCUCCCAAGCGGUCCCUGAGGACCACCUCGGUCUCCUCCCUGCCUGACUACGCGGAGCGGUUGGACCUCUCCCAGGUCAGCACGCUCAAUGCCGAGCUGUUGACCCUGAGGGCCCAGGAGAGGGAGCAGCUGAUGGACCUAAACGACCGCUUCGCCACCUACAUCGAGAAGGUCCACUACCUGGAGCAGCAGAACAAGGUGCUGCUGGUGGAGCUGGAGGCCCUGAGGCAGAAGCAGUCCGACCCCUCCCGACUCCACCUCAUCUACGAGCAGGAGAUCCGAGGCCUGCGGGCUCUGCUUGACUCGGAGACCAAUGAGAAGAUGAGGAUGGAGGCCGAGCGGGACCACCUGAGGGAGGUUUACUCCCAGGUGAAGGACAAGUACGAGGAGGAGGUGCGCCUGCGCAUGGAGGUUGAGGACAACCUUCAGAAGGUGAGGGAGGGCGCCGACAAGGCGGUACUGGCCAACAGCGACAUCGAGGGCAACAUCAGCUCCCUGGUGGAGGAGAUCUCCUUCCUGAAGAAAGUGUACGGGGAGGAGAACGCGGAGCUAGCUGCUCAGAUCCAGGCCGCCCACCUGACGGUGGAGGUGGAGGUAGCCAAGCCCGACCUCUCGGUGGCCCUGAAGGAGAUCCGGUGCCAGUACGAGAAGCUGGCCAACAAGAACAUGCAGGCAGCCGAGGACUGGUACCGCACCAAGUUCGCUACCGUCAGCGAGAUGGCCAGCAAGAACAACCAGGCGGUCAGGUCCAUCCGAGAGGAGACAGCCGAGUACCACCGGCUCCUCCAAUCCCGCGGCUCGGAGAUCGAUGGCCUGAAGAGCAUCAUUGACUCCCUGCAGAAACAGCUGGAGAACCUGGAGGACAGGCAGUCCAAGGAGGUCCGCAAGUACCAGGAAAGGAUCAGUGAGCUGGAGAAAGACAUCAAUGAUGCCAAACAGGAGAUGGCUCGCUACCUGAGGGAAUAUCAGGAUCUCCUAAACGUCAAGAUGGCUCUGGAUAUUGAGAUUGCGGCUUACAGGAAACUCCUGGAGGGUGAAGAAUUCAGACUGAGCUUCUCCUCACUGCAACCUUACAGUUAAAAGCAUUCCUCUGGUGAAGGUUCCAUAGCUAGCAACAUAGUGUAGUCUUUAGCUAUUAUUCCAUUGCCUGUUAGCUGUCCUCCAAUGCUUUGCACCACCUCCAUCUUCAGAGUGACCACUCACAGCUACAGUCACUGAGAAAUACCUGACCACUGCCCCACUGUCAACAACGCUCUGUCCCUCACACAGUCAACCAAGGCCUUACACACAGGCACAGCGAUGUUAAUGUGUGUAAGGGCAUUUAAACACAAGUGUACACAGAGAUAUAUCUGUCUAAAACGAUCUGCACCCCUACUAUAAACAAAAGUAUAAUAUGUACACAAAAAUCAAGACACAUCUCUGUGUACACGUGUACAGACACAUACAGAGACAUGGAGAACACCAGCAAAUUUCAAUUGGAUGAGAGUUUGAAAUGUAAUAAGAUGGGAAUUUUGGUUCAGGUGAUGGUCUCACCACCACCACCCCCCCAGCUUCCUGUUACCCACCAUUCCAACUCAGAAGAAAGCCUUCUUGCCCUGUGUCCUAAUAAUACCCGUUACUCCCUGAACCCAUGCCCCCAUGCACCCUGUCCUCAUUCCCCCUCACUCUCUGACCCCAUGCCCCUUUGCACCCUGACCCCAUGCCUUCUCACACCCUGACUCUGUACCUGCUUAUUCCCUGACCCCAUGCCCUCUCGCACCCUGACUCUGUACCUGCUUACUCCCUGACUCCAUGCCCUUCGCACCCUGACCCCAUCCCCUCUCACUCCCUGACCCCAUGCCUGCUUACUCCCUAACCCUAUGCCCCCUCACACCUGUUGUGUUGUUGAAAUUUCCUGUGACUCUAUCCCUUCAAAUAGUCCUCUCUAAAGUCCCUUCACAAACAACUUCUUGAAGAAAUGAGUUAUUGUCCAGAUCCUUUCUCUCUGAGACAUACACAGAUGUUUGAGGUCACCACACGAGGGUUGCGAGUCUGUUCUGGUGCUGAACCUCCUUAGCCGGAGCUGAAGCAGGGUGAGUGGAGAGGGAGCACAAGUGAGCCUCGGGGUCAGAGACUGGAAGAGGAGCUGGGACUGUGACACAAAGGAAUGAUUACAGAACCAGUGUGUGCUGCGGCCUCAGUCUGAGACUGAAAACGCCAGAGGGAGACACAGAGAGUGGCACAAGUGACAGAGGGAGAGAGUAA